AUGACUAAAGUUGAUUUUUGGCCAACGCUAAAGGAUGCAUACGAACCACUCUACCCCCAACAACUGGAGAUCCUGCGCCAGCAAGUGGUUUCUGAGGGUGGCUCCACGGCAACUAUCCAGUCAAGAUUCAACUACUCCUGGGGGUUGAUCAAGUCCACUGACGUAAAUGACGAAAGGCUCGGCGUGAAGAUCCUCACGGACAUCUACAAGGAGGCCGAAUCCCGUAGACGGGAAUGCUUAUACUACUUGACUAUCGGCUGCUACAAGCUGGGAGAAUACUCCAUGGCAAAGCGAUAUGUGGAUACGCUGUAUGAGCAUGAGCGGAACAACAAGCAGGUGGGUGCGUUGAAGAGCAUGGUGGAGGAUAAGAUCCAGAGAGAAACGCUGAAGGGCGUCGUCGUCGCUGGAGGCGUCCUGGCCGGCGCUGUCGCCAUUACUAGUUUCUUUUUAAGAAACAAAAGGAGGUAA